CCGCAGCGCCCCGGCCCUGCACCUGCCCAGCGCCCCGGCCGGCCGGGGGAGGAGCCGAGGGCGGGGACGGUCGCGCCGCGCGCCGGAGGAAGCAGAACUCGGCCACCCGCGGGAGCCCCGACGCCCGCCGGCCCCGGGCGCGCUCCGGACCCCACGCGGUGUCGCCGCCGCCUCGGACCCCGGGCGCGGGAUCCACCCGGGGCGCGAGUUAUGGGCAGCGCGGCCAUGGACACCAAGAAGAAGAAGGACGGCGCCAGCCCCGGCGGGAGCGGCCCCAAGAAGACCCCCGGGCCCAAGAGGCGCUCGCUGCGCGUGCACAUCCCGGACCUGAGUGCCUUCGCCAUGCCACUCCUGGACGGAGACCUGGACAGUUCCGAGAAGCCUUCCCGGAAGGGGGACGGUGUCUUCAGCUCGGGCAGCCCCUCCAAAGGCUUCUUCUCCCGAGGCCCCCAGCACCGGCCCUCCAGCCCCGUGUCUGCUCCCGUGAGGCCCAAGACCAGCCCCAGCUCCCCCAAAACCGUCUUCCCCUUCUGCCAGGAGUCGCCGCCGCGCUCCCCACGCCGCAUGAGCUUCAGCGGCAUCUUCCGCUCCUCGUCCAAAGAGUCUUCGCCCAACUCCAACCCGUCCACCUCUCCCGGGGGCAUCCGCUUCUUCUCGCGCUCCAGAAAAAGCCUCUCGUCCUCGCCGUCCGCGCCCAGCGGGGCCGGCAGGCAGCACACGUUCCCGCUGGAGUCCUACCGGCAUGAGCCCGAGCGGCUGGAGAACCGCGUCUACGCUUCCUGCUCCCCGCCGGACUCGGCACAGAGGUUCUGCCCGGCCCGGCCCCUGCCGGUGUCCCCAGCGCACUACCCUCCCCCCAGAACCGCGGCGCUGGCGGCCCCGGGACCCGCGCGAGCCGGCAUGCUGGAGAAGCUGGACGCGGAGGAAGGCGGAGGCCCGCCGAGAGCCUGGGGAGGAGCUGGGCCGCCUGCUCCACUGACCUGCGCCUCCUGCCCCGCAGCAGAAGACUCGGAGAGCGGCGUCUACAUGCGCUUCAUGAGGUCCCACCGGUGCUAUGACAUCGUGCCCACCAGCUCCAAGCUCGUCGUCUUCGACACGACCCUACAGGUGAAAAAGGCCUUCUUCGCCUUGGUGGCCAACGGCGUCCGGGCCGCGCCCCUCUGGGAGAGCAAAAAGCAAAGCUUUGUAGGAAUGCUAACGAUUACAGAUUUCAUAAAUAUACUACAUAGAUACUAUAAAUCUCCCAUGGUGCAGAUUUAUGAGCUAGAGGAGCAUAAGAUUGAAACCUGGAGAGAGCUUUACUUACAAGAAACAUUUAAGCCUCUGGUGAACAUUUCUCCAGAUGCCAGUCUCUUCGAUGCCGUUUACUCGUUGAUCAAGAAUAAGAUCCACCGAUUGCCCGUCAUCGACCCCAUCAGCGGGAACGCACUUUACAUUCUCACCCACAAAAGGAUCCUCAAGUUCCUCCAGCUCUUUAUGUGCGACAUGCCCAAGCCCGCCUUCAUGCGGCAGAACCUGGAGGCGCUGGGCAUCGGCACGUACCGCAACAUCGCCUUCAUCCACCCCGACACGCCCAUCAUCAAGGCGCUCAGCAUCUUCGUGGACAGGCGGGUGUCGGCCCUGCCUGUCGUGGACGAGGCAGGAAAAGUUGUAGAUAUUUAUUCGAAAUUUGAUGUCAUUAAUCUUGCUGCUGAGAAAACGUACAACAACCUCGACAUCACGGUGACGCAGGCGCUGCAGCACCGCUCCCAGUACUUCGAGGGGGUGGUGAAGUGCAGCAAGCUGGAGACGCUGGAAACCAUCGUGGACCGCAUCGUGAGAGCCGAGGUCCAUCGGCUGGUGGUGGUCAAUGAAGCCGAUAGUAUCGUGGGUAUAAUCUCCCUGUCGGACAUCCUGCAGGCCCUGAUCCUCACCCCCACAGGUGCCAAACCGCAGGAGACGGAGGCCGAGUGACAUGGGGACAGGCAGCAGCCAACGGCCAGGUUGGACCAGGCACCGGCACCCGCUUUGCCUCCCUCACAGUGCUCGCUGGAGGAGAGACCAAGGCUCGUGACGGACUCCGGGGUUUGCGACGGGGUCUCCCCCAGCGGUGCUGGGCCUCGGCCGGGAGCAGGACGGACAGAGGGAUCGGACGGUGUGGGCUUGUCCGACGAGACGCCCGGGGCCUCUGCCAGGUCCCCGAUGCUGUACGUCAUUAAAGUGCACUGCGUCCUCCACUCUCCCUCCUUUUCCUUUCCGAGGGCGCUGGAGGGCGCUGGCGUGACGGGCGCCAGGGCUCGCCCGCGGCGGGGCGUGCGGACCGAGUGCCUUAUGCCAGACCCCAGCGGCCGGGCCCCUGGCCCGCCGGCCCUCGAGGCUGUGGACCUUUACCAAAUCCUUCGUUUCAUUCCGCUCGGCCGCAGCCGUGUGUGUCCCGCGCCCUCGGGGACGUGACACGUGACGACGUGACGCGUGCGCAUCCCCGCGAGUGAGCAAGACUCUCCAACAGCUUUACUGAUUCUUACUCUCACGCCAUUUUCUUACGCGCCUUGCGGGGGCCCGUCACGGCCCCGGCCCUGGGCGCGGCGGCGAGUGCAGUUCCCGCGGGCCCGGGCCGGGCGGAGCUCUGGGGAGGUGUUUAUCUUCCCCUUACGUGUUUGACUGUAAAAUCACGCUGUGUGUGCACACGUGUGUGUUUGUGUGUGUGUGUGUGCGCGCGCGCGUGUGCGUGCCACCGUGGCUGUAUUUGUAAACCUGAUGGCAGCGUCUCUGAGUUCACGCGGCUGAACAGAAGCUGUUUCCCGACUGACACGAGUGCUGGGCGCACGUUGGCGCCCGUGUACACGGAGGCCAGCUUCGGUUUCUUACUCGGGGAGGGGUUUGGGUUGGUGUGGUGGUUGCUGUGUUUUUUGUUGUUUGGGUUUUGUUGUUUGGUUUUUCCUUUCUUGCGGACUGAAGAAUUAAAGGAAACCUGACUACC